AUCUCUCAAGAGGAAUGGUUUUAAAGUUCUGACAACAUGCCAUACAUGCAACAAUUGCUGGGCUGAUGCAGAUUGCAGCAGCUGCAGGGAUGAACUGCUGGAGCCAGGGAAACGCCGGGAAUGCCAGUAAAUCAGACAGAAGUGGGCCGAGCAGGGGGAGGCUGAUGAUGCUGAUGUGGAUUAUCCUCUUCAGCUCCAUGUGCCUCAUGGUUGACGGCCAGAUGAAGAUCUCACCAGAAGUGGUGCAGCAAUGGGCUGCGUCAUUUGGCAAAGAGUUGUCGGCCCUGUCCGCCAGAUACUCUGGUGCUAAGCUGCUACAGAAGAAAUACAAGGAAGUGGAGGGUGUUAUAAAAAUCGAAGAGGUGGAUGGAGAGGAGCUGGUAAAAAAGUUUGCUGAGGAGAUGGAGGAGAUGCUUGGGAGGAAGAUGAAAUCUGUGAAGAGGUUAGCAGAGUCAGCAGAGGAUGCUGACCUUUACCAUGAGUACAAUGAAACAUUAGAGUUUGACUACUAUAACUCCUUGCUAAUCAACACGGUGGAUGAGGACGGGAAUCCGGUGGCGCUGGGAGGAGAAUUCGCUUUAGAAGAAAACGAACACUUCAAUAAAUUGCGGGUCAGCACAGAGCAGAGUAACAUACAAGUCCCAACGAAUGUCUACAACAGAGAUCCAGAUAUCCUGAAUGGAGCCUACAUGACUGAGGCUCUGAAUGACGUGUUCGUCGAUAACUUCCAGAAAGAUCCAACUCUCACCUGGCAGUACUUUGGCAGCGCAACCGGCUUCUUCAGACUGUACCCUGGGAUCCAGUGGAUUCCAGAUGAGAAUGGCGUUGUCACCUUUGAUUGCAGAAACAGAAACUGGUACAUCCAGGCAGCCACUUCUCCUAAAGACAUUGUGAUCGUGGUGGAUGUUAGCGGCAGCAUGAAAGGGCUCAGACUGACCAUUGCCAAACACACAAUCAACACAAUCCUGGACACGCUGGGAGAAAAUGACUUUGUUAACAUAAUAGCUUACAGUGACUAUGUUCGCUACGUGGAGCCUUGCUUCAAGGGCACCCUCGUGCAAGCUGAUCUGGAUAACCGUGAGCACUUCAAGCUUUUGGUCGAAGAGCUUCAUGUCAAAGGAGAAGGCAAAGUGAAAAUUGCAAUGAAAGAAUCUUUCAAGAUCCUCAAUGAGGCUGCAGCACUGGGGCAGGGAAGCCUGUGUAACCAGGCCAUCAUGCUGAUCACAGAUGGGGCCAUGGAGGACUACAAGGAUGUUUUUGAAGAGUUCAAUUGGCCAGAGCGGCGGGUUCGGGUGUUCACCUAUCUCAUUGGACGAGAGAUGACAUUUGCUGAAAAUGUGAAAUGGAUUGCCUGCAACAACAAGGGUUACUACACACAUGUCUCCACACUGGCUGAUGUCCAGGAAAAUGUAAUGGAGUACCUCCAUGUUCUCAGUCGGCCAAUGGUCAUCAACCACGAUCAUGACAUCAUCUGGACUGAAGCCUAUAUGGACAGUGUGCUGUUCACCACUCAGGCCCAAAGUCUGCUCCUAAUGACCUCAGUGGCCAUGCCUGUGUUCAGCAAGAAAAAAGAGACUUUGUCUCAUGGUAUUCUGCUGGGAGUGGUAGGAACUGAUGUGGCCUUGAAAGAACUGAUGAGAUUAGCUCCAAGAUAUAAGCUGGGUGUCCAUGGUUAUGCCUACCUCAUCACCAACAAUGGCUACAUCUUGUCUCAUCCUGACCUACGGCCCCUGUACAAGGAGGGCAAGAAGCUAAAACCAAAACCCAACUACAACAGCGUUGAUCUGUCAGAGGUGGAAUGGGAAGACACUGAGGAGAAACUGAGGACAGCCAUGGUAAAAGGAGAAAGUGGAACUAUGUCUUUAGACGUGAGGACUACCGUGGAUAAAGGGAGGAGGGUGAUGUUCCUGAAGAAUGAUUACUUCUACACAAUCAUCAACGAGACACCAUUCACCCUGGGUAUAGUACUGACUCGAGGAUACGGACAGUAUAUCUUCAGCGGGAAUGUCUCUGUUGAAGAGGGUCUUCAUGACUUACUCACUCCAGAUCUGACCAUCGCCAGCGAGUGGACCUACUGCGAAACCGACAUUGACCCAGACCAUCGUAAGCUGACUCAGUUGCAGGCUGUGGUGAAAUACCUCACCGGCAAAGAACCUGAUCUGGACUGUGAUGCACAAUUGUUGCAACAAACACUAUUUGAUGCUGUUGUCACGGCUCCUAUGGAAGCCUACUGGACCGCCCUCAUGCUCAACUCAUCUGGUAUGGACGAUGGGAUAGAAACAGCAUUCUUAGGAACCCGGUCAGGCCUGAUGAGAUUCCAGAGAUAUGCUGGUAUUGAGAAGAGAACUGGAAAGUCUUUCCUAACCACCACAGACAAGGAGAAUAUGUUCACUCUGGACCAUUUCCCGUUGUGGUAUCGCAGAGCAACUGAGUACCCAACUGGGAAGUUUCUAUACUACUAUCCCAGACAAGACACAAGAGCUGGAAGGAUAGUGGUCUCUACGACAGCUGUGACGGUUACGGUUGGAAAGAAAACGGCCAUCGCUGGAGCCAUCGGUGUCCAGAUGACCUUAGCUAUAAUGGAGUCCAAAUUCUGGGCCGUCACAGUACAACCAAACGACACAGAUUGCUCUGAUGUAGAUUGGGCUUGUCCUCUACGCUGUGACGGCUAUGAACUCGAGUGCUACGUGAUUGACAAUAAUGGCUUUGUCCUCAUUUCUAAACAGCGCAAUGAUGGGUAG